CGGAAAUAGCUCUGUUGUUGAGGCCACAUGACACAAAAUAUGGCCGAUGAUGUAAACAUGGUUAGAAAUCACGAAAAUGGUUUUGAUGAGACCCCUGGCGAGAAUAAUGAAGAGAUAGUGACAGAAGAGAUUCACACUGAAGAAGAAGAAAAUUUAGAGGAACUUGUAGAAAAUGCUAGCAAUGAAUAUGAAGAUCUGAGCAACACGCUAGACCAGAUCGAUCGAUGGAUGACGAAUUUAGAAAAUCAAAACGAUUCCCUUGUGGAUAAGCUCCGGGAUCUCCUCGAGUCAAACCGACAAAUACGGGCCGAAUUUGAGCAGGAAAACUCACAAAAAAAGAACAGCUGACACAUCUAAAGCCUUAAUGGAACCACAUUCCUCUGGUGCAUUGCAUUAGUGUUUAUAUCUUUCCACGUAGAUAGAUGAAAUCUAUUUAUAUAUGUUCGUAUUUUUCAUUUAUCAGACUAUAUUGUUAUGAACUAUGGACGUUUUUUUUUUUUUAAAUAAAUUCAUCAAAAAUGAUUUAGCUUGUAUUGUCAUACAUCUAACAUACUGAUGAAAGAAUUCCAGUUCUAACUGUACACACAUAAUGAAGAGGUGGAUUGUAUAAUUGUACACACGUAUGAAGAGGUUGUUUGACAACCUUCAUUUUGGACUCUUUUUUUCCAAAUUCAUGGACGUACCGAUUGGCAAACAACCUUUCUACUGUAUAAACAUUCUAGUGUUAUUUUCACUUUUAUGAACGGUUUCCCCUCGAUGUAUCAUAAUUUGUUAUUCAGGAAUACACAAUUUAUUAAAUUAUGUUUUAAGAUAAAAUAAUUUAUUGCUAAGUGCAUUUGUUUUUGGCAAGGGUGUUGUUUUUGUAUUGCGAUUCUCACCACAAAAUAGAAGCUGUAUCGUGUUGUGUUCUUCUAAAUAGUUGUUCUUCACAAUUCUAACGAUCUUUUAAAUAAAUAGAAAUUGAACUAUGAA